GAUGGCGCCGCGCAUGCAGGCGUCGUGAGCAAUGAAAACAGGUCAAAUACUCAAAAUUAUUAAGCGGAUUUAACAUUUAUGACAUGCAUCGACCAUUAUAUUUCAUACGAGCCUGAUGUGGAUGUAGAGAUCACAACUGCACACAAAGAAAAGGUGAACAAUGCAGGUGUCUCUGAGCUUCAGAGUGUUCAGGCACUCGGUCCUGUCCUGUCUGAGCCGCACCCUCUUCAGUCAGACUGGGGUGUGGGACAAAGACUAUCGGCCUGAGAUCAGACAGAAAGUAGAAAAAUGGUGGCAUCCACGAAUCAUGGAGCAAUGUAGGAAGGACUCACUUGAAAAGGGCUCAGACAAGAAGAAGUUUUAUGUCCUCUCCAUGUUCCCGUACCCCUCUGGAAGAUUACACAUGGGUCACGUUCGCGUCUACACCAUUAGCGAUGCAAUUGGCCAUUUCCAGAGAAUGAGAGGGCAUCAGGUGCUGAAUCCUAUGGGAUGGGAUGCUUUUGGGCUGCCUGCAGAGAACGCAGCAAUCGAGAGAGGGCUUGACCCCGAGGAAUGGACCAAGAAUAAUAUUCAGUCUAUGAGGGAGCAGUUGGACAGCCUUGGACUCUGCUUUAACUGGGAUCGGGAAGUAACCACUUGCCUCCCAGACUACUACAGGUGGACUCAGUAUCUGUUUGUGAAGCUGCUUGAAGCAGGACUGGCCUAUCAGAAAGAGGCAGUGGUGAACUGGGACCCUGUGGACCAGACGGUGCUGGCUGAUGAGCAGGUGGACGAGAGCGGCCGCUCCUGGAGGUCUGGUGCUGUGGUGGAGCAGAAACUGCUCACACAGUGGUUCAUCAAAACCACCAACUAUGCCAAGCCUCUGUUGGACGCCUUGGCAGAUCUUCCAGAGUGGUAUGGGGUCAAAGCUAUGCAGGCCAACUGGAUUGGGGAGUGCACCGGCUGCUAUUUUGACUUUAGACUGAAGUUGAAUGGUAAGGAGACCGGGGAGACCCUUUCGGCCUACUGUUCCUCCCCAGAGACCAUAUUUGGAGCUGCGUACCUGGCCAUCCUGCCCUCCCACAGGCUGCUGCGCGGGACCAGCUCUGUGCGCAGUGCCCUGGAAAAAGCCCAUCAGCCGGGGAAAGACUCCCUCACAGAAGUUACAGCCUACAACCUGUUCACUGGACAAGAAUUGCUCCUUGUCAUCUCCCAAAAAGAGGAAUUUGAUGGCUACCUUGAUACUGUAAUUGGUGUUCCAGACAGCAGUGAUGAAGAUCGAUGUUUAGCCCAAGCUCUAAACUUGAAAUGGUCUACAGUUGUCACAAACAACCAAGAUGGGACACAAAUAUUGAUUAAUUCUGCAGAGUUUUCAGGUCUUAGCAAAAGUGAGGCUUUUGACUCCAUUACCCAGAAGGCCAGAGAACAGAAGGUCGGUGGUCAUCUUACCAGCUCAAAGCUCAGGGAUUGGCUCAUAUCAAGACAGCGAUACUGGGGAACUCCUAUUCCCGUGGUGCACUGUGAGGCUUGUGGUCCUGUGGCUGUUCCCGUAGAAGAGUUACCAGUCACUUUGCCAAAACUAGCGUCCAUAUCAGGAAAAGGGGCUUCACCACUGGAGUCUGCUCAGGACUGGGUCAACUGUAAAUGUCCCAGAUGUACUGGACCAGCAAAAAGGGAGACAGACACCAUGGACACGUUUGUGGACUCUGCGUGGUAUUACUUCAGAUACACAGAUCCACACAACACACACAGACCGUUUGAACGCCCUCUAGCGGAUCACUGGUUGCCUGUGGACGUGUAUAUUGGAGGGAAGGAGCAUGCUGUUAUGCACUUGUACUACGCGCGAUUUUUCAGCCAUUUUUGCAGAGAUCAAAGCUUUGUUUCUUAUAGGGAGCCAUUUCUAAAACUAUUGGUCCAGGGCCUGAUCAAAGGACAAACGUUUAAACUGGCAAAAAGUGGGCAAUACUUGAAAAGAGAAAAUAUUGACUUCACAGGUGAGAAGCCUGUUUCUUUGAGCGGUGAGGAGCUUGAAAUCACAUGGGAGAAAAUGAGCAAGUCCAAACACAAUGGUCUGGAUCCUCAGGACGUGGUGCAGCAGUACGGAGUGGACACUGUGAGACUCUACAUCCUUUAUGCUGCUCCACCUGAACAGGACAUCCUCUGGAACGUAAAGACGGAUGCCCUCCCUGGUGUUUUGCGAUGGCAGUCUCGUCUUUGGCAGCUGGUCACUAAACUAAGGGGAGCUCGAAGCCUCGGAGAUGUCCCAAACCCAUCAUUACUCAAGAAAAAAGAGCGACUGGAGGCCAGAAAGAUUUGGGAAAACAAGAAUUAUGCCAUUAAAGAGGUAACUACCUACUUCACAGAGGAUUUCCUGUUCAAUGCAGCUAUUUCGCGUCUAAUGGGCCUGACCAACACACUUACAACUGCGACUGUCAGGGUCCUACAGCACAGUGUAGAGUUUGAGGAGGCUCUUGCUGCUCUGAUUUUGAUGACUGCACCAAUGGCUCCUCACCUGGCAUCUGAACUGUGGGCUGGUCUUUCACAGGUAAAGAAUCCUUUGAGUCCAUUUUCUCAAAAAGGAGAUGUGUUACUACAGCCUUGGCCAACAGUAGACCCUGAAUACUUGGAGACCCCAGACUUUGUGGAAUUGACUGUACUGGUCAACAAUAAGGGCUGUGGGAAAGUGACUGUGCCUGUGCAGGUGUCUAAGGAUUUGGAUAAAGUGCAGAAACUUGUGUUGGACAGUGAGCUUGGACAGACUCAUCUGACAGAGCGGAAAGUCAAGAGAGCCAUUCUAUCUCCAAGGACGGCGCUCAUUAAUUUUCUCAUAGAUGAAUGACUUUACGGCAUUCACCACUGCUUUUAACUGGUAGGCUGCUUGAAAAGUGCACUGUUUUUUGGAGCUGACCAAAAGAAAUGUUUAACUUUUAUAAUGUUAACAGUUACUUUGUCUUCCCCAAAUAAUUAAACAAUAAAAUAGGAUGUAAUAGAAAGCUGGAGAGGAAAUAUAACACCAAAUAUUGAAGGCAAAAUGGAAAUACUGUAUAAUAACUACAGUUUAGCCUUAAUAAAGCAUGAAGAAAAUCUUAAAGGAAAAAUAGUUAAGUGUGGAGUGAGGAGUUAGGGUAUUACUUAAAUAGUUACUAGACCUAGAUCAGCCUUAAUAAACUGUUUGUUCACUGUGAAUUAAAUCUUUGUUCAUGCUUUAUUAAGGCUAUUUAAAGUGUAGUCAUUAUAAAGUGAUACCAAAAACCUUUUACAAAAGCUUAAGGCAGUCACAAUUGUAUAUGUCCUCUCCAUAAAAGGCCUUGUAAAUAUGUAAAACUAUUUAUUUAUAUUUUUAAUAAAACAUUGAGUGCAUUUUG